AUGUCAAGUGCUGAUGAAGUAUGUAUUAAUAGACUAGUUUAUAAGAUAAGGGUCAGUCCUAACUAUUGGUUAGAUAAGAGCUAAAAGAUUAGCUAGAUUAAAUACUCCAAGUGAAAGAUCAAAUGAAAGACAACAACAACAACAAUCUGUACAAUCUACGCCAGUGGCUACUAGUUCACAAUCAGAAAUAAUGAAAGAAGAACAACAACCACCAAUUAAACAACCAAAACCAGAACCAGAACCAGAAUCAAAACAAUCAAAAGAAGAUAAUUUAUCACAAUGGAUCAUUGUUGAAUUAGAGUAUGUCUUCCAUGCUUCUUUAAAAUAUAAUGAUAAAAAUUUAAUUUAUCUUCCUAAUUUAUCUUAUGAAUAUCAACAACAACCAAAUUUAAAUCAAGAUAAUAUUGAAUCUAUAUUUAUGGAAAUUUUAACUGAAGUAGGAGUACCUCAACAAAAAGUUUUACUUUAUUUAUAUACAGUUUAUCAUGCUGCUUUUAAAACUAAGCGAACUUUACUUUCAAAAUCGUCAUUUUAUGAAGAUAAAGUAUCUAUAUUAAAUAAAAUUAUUGAAUUGGCUAUUAGUUAUGGAAAUAUGAGUUUUCAAAUACCUGAUAUGUUUUUAAAUAAUAAUUUAAAAGAAUCUAUAGAUUUAAUAAUUCAUAGAUUUGCUGAUUUAAGUUCAUUUUUAACUGAUAUUGUAAACGUUGCAAUCGAAGAAAAUAAUUUAAUUGAUUUAUUGAACUUAAUUUUCCCAUAUUUAAGUUCACAAUUAUAUCAAACAAACCUAAAUGAAAGAUUAUACCUCAAUUUAAUAUCGGUUUUUGAUUUAUUAGUUAGUAUUAAACCAGUAGCUAGUAUAUUUAGUCAAGCUCAAGGUUUUCAACCUCCUGAUUCUACUAAAUGUUUAGAUUAUGAACAAAAGACUUUACUUGGUCCGUUAUUAAGAUUAAGUCCAUUAUUGGAAAAUAUGUCAACCAUUUAUUUUUCAGAAGGUUUAAGUGAUACUCAAAUUAGGAAUAUUUAUGAUUCUUUACAGAAUGAAUACAAGGUUAUUAUUGAUCAUUUAUUCAAUAUUAUUAAUAAAUUAAUUAGAGGAAGUAAUUCAACAAGAGAAGAUAUUUUAAAAUGGUUAGCUAAUUUGAUUAACUUAAGUCAUUUAAGAAGAGGAUCUCAUGCAGAUUCAAAAAAAUUACCAAGUGAUGCAAUAAUGUUUAAUAUUUCUGUAAUUUUAAUCAAGCUUAGUUUACCAUUCCUUGAUUAUCCCACAUUUAAUAAGAUUGAUAAAAUUGAUAUUGAUUAUUUUGUAAAGAGUGAUUUAAUAGAUAUUUCAGAAGAAUCAAGAGUCAAUUCAACAAUUGAAGAAGCUAAACAAUAUCAAAUAACUGAUAAAACAAAACCAAAUUUCAUUUCAGAUUGUUUUAAUUUAACUUUAGCUUAUUUACAUUAUGGAAUGGGAGGUAUAUAUUUAAAUUUCGAUAAGAUAAAAAGACAAAUUAAACAUUUAGAAGAAAGAAUAAAUAUGAUUGAAUCACAUACUCCAAAUACACCAGGAUUAAGUCCUACAAUUCAAUUAAUGGAACGUGAAUUACCAAAUUUGAAAAAAUUAAUUAAUAAUUUAAAAGCACAAAAAGAAUCAAUAAAGGCAAUAUUUAAUUUUAGAAAUUUACAAUUUGAAAUUUUUGAUUUUAUAAUUGGUGCAAUAACAUUCAUUACCAGAUUAAUCGAUCCAAAUCAUACUUAUCCAAUCCAAAGUAUCUCAAUUCCCAUUUUUCAAAUUAAUAAAGUUUCCGAAUUGGAUGAUCAUGAUUUUUUAAAAACAAAGACACCAAAACCAUGGAAAUAUUAUCCUGAAUUUUUAUUAGAAGGUAUUAUAAAUUAUUGUAAAUUUAUUACGAAUUUUCAAGGAUGUCCAUUAUUGAACAAUUCCGAAAAAUUGGAAAAAUUUGUUGAGUUUAGUAUUAUAUUAUUGAGAUGUCCUGAAUUAAUUGGGAACCCACAUAUGAAGGCACAUUUAAUUGAAGUUUUAUUUAUUGGUUCAUUACCAUUACAAAAUGGAUCUCCCGGGUUCAUGGCAAAUAUAUUCACUGAAAAUAAACUAGUAAGGGAAAAUAUAUUAUAUUCAUUGCUUGAUUUUUAUGUAAUGGUUGAGAAAACAGGUGCAAGUUCACAAUUUUAUGAUAAAUUUAAUUCUAGAUAUUAUAUUUCAAUCAUAUUGGAAGAAUUAUGGAAACAUACAAUUUAUAGACUACAAUUGACAGACUAUUCCAAACACAAUGUUGAUUUUUUUGUACGAUUUAUUGCAAGGAUGUUAAAUGAUACUACUUAUUUACUUGAUGAGACAUUCAAUUUAUUAAAUUCAAUUCACAAUUAUCAAUCAGAAAUUAAAACACGCCAAUUAGGAAAUAGUCCAAAUGAAGAAUUAGGUACCGAUGAGGAAUUGGCUAAAAAUUUAUCUGCUGAUGAAUCUAGAGUCAAGACAUAUAUGCAAUUAUCUAAUAAAACAAUGGAAUUAUUUAAAUUAUUCACAAAGGAAACUCCCAAAGGAUUUGUCCUACCAGAGAUAGUUGAUCGAUUAGCCGGAAUGUUAGAUUAUAAUUUAUCUAUCAUGGUAGGUCCAAAAUGUUCAAAUUUAAAAGUUGAAUCACCCGAGAAAUAUCAAUUUGAGCCUAAAAAGAUUUUAGUCAAUUUAUGUGAAAUUUAUGUAAAUUUAUCUAACCAACAAAAAUUUGUAAUUGCAGUUUCAAGAGAUGGUAGAUCAUUCAAUAUUAAUUAUUUCAAAAAAGCUCAAAAUAUCCUAAUGACAAAAACUUUCGUUGAUAAUAAAUUAAUUGACAAGUUGGUCAAUUUUGCUAAUAAAGCUGAAGAGAAUAGAGUCUCUGAAGAAAAUGAAGAAUUGGAAAUGGGUGAUAUCCCAGAAGAAUUUUUAGAUCCUUUGAUGUUUACAAUUAUGGAAGACCCUGUUAUUUUACCAUCUUCAAAGAUAAAUAUUGACAGAAGUACAAUUAAAGCUCAUUUAUUAAGUGAUUCAACUGAUCCAUUUAAUAGAAUGCCUUUGAGUUUAGAUGAUGUUAUUGAUAAUGUUGAAUUAAGGGAAAGAAUUUGGGAAUUUAAGAAUAAGUCGAAGGUGGGUCAAGAUGUUGAAAUGGAAGAGUAA